AGUAAAAUAAGAAUUAAUAAAUUUUUUACAGAAACUCAUGAUAGAUGAAAAGAAAUGCUACCUCUUUGGAAGAAAUCCAGAAAUAAAUGACUUUGUGAUUGACCAUGCCUCUUGUUCACGUGUUCAUUCAGCCUUAGUUUAUCACCAAGCCUUGGAUCGUGCAUUCUUGGUUGAUUUAGGGAGCACACAUGGGACUUACAUUGGAAGAACUCAUUUGGAAGCUAAUAAACCAACCCAGCUUCCAGUUGGAACCUUAUUCCAUUUUGGUGCAUCAACUCGUUCAUAUAUAUUACGAGAAAGACCUGAGAAAACAUCCCGAUCAGCAAUAGAUGGACAAGAAAAGAAAGGAGAAGAUAUUGAAGGUGGCCUCCUGGGUCUACCUGAAACAGAAACUGAAUUAGAUAAUCUUACAGAAUUCAACACUGCCCACAACAGAAGGAUAUCUAUGUUGGGGAUUCCUGAUGAAGAAAUUAAACCACCUAACAGGAAAAGAAAAAGUCUGUUGGUAAAGUUUAAUGAAGAUGAAGAAAUUAUAAAUCCUGAGGAUGUGGAUCCAUCUAUUGGAAGAUUCAGGAACCUUAUCCAAACAGCUGUCAUACCCCAUAAAAAGCAGAAAGUGAACAGUACAUCACUUGAUCAAAAUCUGGACAAUGUAGUGUCUAAAGCUGGACAUAUGUAUGGACAUGUUUGGCAUGAUCAUUUCCAAAGACCAGGGCAUGGAGCUGUGAGUCCACUGUUUUCACCUUCUCUUUCUGCCAAACUGGGCUUACACCUCCCUAAUCCUGCCCCAGAAGUAGAUCUAGCCCCACCCACAGAGGCUCCCAUGGUUCCUGCUUCUCUUGCCCAUUAUGCACCAGGAGUUGAGCCUGAGGCACCGUCAGAACCCAAGAAAAAGAAAUAUGCAAAGGAAGCUUGGCCAGGAAAGAAACCAACACCAUCUCUUCUUGUGUAGCUUCCAUUUCAUCAGAAUUCAAUAUGUUUUCACGUCACUGAUCUUUUAUCUAGCAUUACAAUCAUGAGGAAUGUAAUAAACACGGAUGAGUGUGAAAACUUUAAUGUGACCGUGAUGGAUUUGGAGGAUCUGUUUUCACUAUCUGUAACUUGUUACCUACUGUAAACAAGUUUUUAACAGGUUGAUAAUGUUGACAUCCAUUAUUCUCAUUCAGAAAAUCAUUAUGUCCAGUUGAUAAUGCACUAUCAAAAACUUCUUUCUGUCGUGAUGGCAGAUAACCAUCUGUCAUUUAGUCUAGUUCCACUUAUAGCCUAUUGACUUAUUGCCAGUGUCCCUUCUUCAGUUACCCAUCAACCGACUACUAUUGUUCUUUGUGUGAUGACUGUUAUUUACUUCCCAGAUUACCAAUCUACUGACUCUGCAAAAUGAUUGUUGUCAGUAAUUAGUAAGGAUAAAUUUUAAUACAGAUUUUUUAAUUAGUGUAUUACCUUCCACUUACCUAUGUGUUAUACUCUAUUCAACUGUCCAGUAAGUUAAUUAUAGCCUAUUGCUCAGUAAAAAUAACUUCUUGUGAUGUGAUCAUUUUACUGUUUUCUUUUCAUUAUCUUAUUGACCAGCAAGGAUGAUUGUUGCCAAGUAACCAAUAAGAAUAUCUGUUCUUGUCUGUUAACAGUCUUCUCUUAUUCACUAGUGUACUGACCAGUGAUAAUUACUAUUUACUAUUUCAGCAACCAAUGUAAUCCUCUCUUAUCAGAAACCUUGUCCCUUUUAAAGUGUUAGUAGAAGAUUGUCAGCUAUGUAGUGCUAGCUAAAAAUAUCCAUCAUCAAGACAUAUAACCUUUUUCAUCACCAUAUAACAUGUAUUUGUAUUGAGUACAUAAAAAGUGUAACACUUUUAAA